GAAAUUUGAAAGGUGGAGCUUCACUGACCCGCUGCUCACCGUCUCUCUCUCUCUCUCCCUGAGCAGCAGUCAGUGGCAUGAAACUCUGACCCGACACGUCACACGCCACUGUUGGGUCCAGCGAGUGUUGGUUGAAGCUGACGAUAAUGGAGGCUGCGCAGGUUCCCGGCAGCGGCCAAUUGGACCGUGUCUUUACGCCCAGGAGAGAGCGCCAUCCCAACGGCACCAAAGCCACGGUUGUUCUGCACAGAGACCAGGCCCGGUCCAGGGACUCGAUCACAGAACGGGCCGCUCCGAUAGCCUGGUGCGAGACACCGAAGCUGACCCGGAAGGACGGGUCGCUCCGCAGGCGCUUGCUUGUGUCCCGCUCCUCAUCCGAAGGUAGUAAGAGUGGCUUCACCACACCGGAUCACCUGACCCGCGAGAGCUUCGACUCCCCGGACAUCGGCCGGACCGGGCCUCUGUCUUACAGCACUUUAAAAGCGGAUGACUCUGUGUUCUCGUGUCGGAAGCGGCGUCUUCUGUUCUCCCAGGUCGUCACGUCCACGCUGGAGUCGGGCAGGAGCGGCGUGACCCUAACCCACACGAGCCUCACCGAACCGGACCCGGACGAGAGCAUCAUAGCCGGUCCUCCGAGCUCACCUCACACACACGACCUGACGGAGGACAACUUCCCUCACACACAUGACCUGGCGAAGGAGAACUUCCAGUCCCCGGUGCGCACAGGGAAGCAGGUUCUGGACACGCCCCCAGACACGCCCCUGGAGGACAGUGGCUUCAGCUCUCUGGGUCUGGAUAGAUCGCACGACUCCUCGGUGGACCAUGAGGGCUCGUUCCAGGAGCUGGUUCUGCCUGGCUCGAGCGGGCGGGAGAAGAGGCGCUCGCGGCUGGAGAGGCAGCGGAGACUGUCCACGCUCCGGGAGGGAGGCUCUCAGUCCGAGGACGGGCCCAGAGGCCCGCGGGCCGACCCGCACAAGGACGAGGUGUUCCUGGACGGGACGCCGCUGAGCGCCGCUACGCUGCAGAUGCAGGAUCUGUCGCUGACACCAGCGCUACAGGCCGUGCUCUCCAUCAGCCGCCACGGGUCGAGCCUGGAGGACCUGCUGCUGGAGGGGCCCGUCAGAACCAGCCUGCCGCUCUCGGGGCUCAUCGGCCGCAAAAUGGGCCUCGACAAGGUGGACGUGAUCUCCGAACUGAGGAUGAGGAAUCUGAGACACGUGCUAGCGGUGAUCUUGAGUCUUCUGUCUGCAGCCGACAUCUACAGGUUCGGCCAGGUGUGUGAGGACUGGAGCGACGUCAUCGCUGAAGACCGGAGAGCCGCUCACAGGAGAAGAUGCCACAUCCGAGAGCUCAAGAUCUCCCUAACACUGGAGGGAGGAAAGCCGGCUCAUGUUCCGGAUGCGGACACCAGGGCGGCGCUGGUGUGCAGGUCGGCUCUGGGCAGCGUACAGGCUCAGGCCCGAACACCCCUCGCCCCCCCGCCCGUCACCCCGACCCACGCCAGCGCCAGACGCAGGCAGUUCCUGCAGGUGGCAGAAACCCUGUUCAGUGACGAGCACCUGAAGCCGUGUCCUCGCUGUGAGCACCCGGCCCGCUGUCACUCGCUGCGCGCCGAGGGUGUGUGUAGCUGGAGCGACUGCCGCUUCCGCUUCUGCACCGCGUGCUCGAGCUCCUUCCACGGGGCCAGAGACUGCGCGCACCAGUCGGCCAAACGCCGGAGCCGGAGAGAUGUGCUGCCGGGCAGCGCUCAGAGCAGACGCAACGUGAGGCGGCUCUGAGUGUGUGAGUGUGUGUGUGUGUAUGUAUGUCAGCCAAACUCUGGACAGAGCAGACGCAACUUGAGGUGUGUGUGUGUGUGUGUGUGUCGGCCAAAUGUUGGAGUGACGUGCUGCCGGGCAGCGCUCAGAGCAGAUGCAACGUGAGGCGGCUCUGUGUGUGUGUGUGUAUAUGCAUGCGUGAGAGUGUGUGUGUGUAUUUUGUGUUCCUCUGUGUGGGUUUGUUUUUAAUUAUGAACUUCUCAUGAGUUUUGCACUUAUGUACAGCAUUCAUUUUGGUCCUGUGAAUCUACAUGUAUGUACAUAUUGCUCUUUACAUACUUGAUUUUAUACAUUGUUUUAAAUAAAGCCCUUUUUUUAACCUA